GAAGAAUGGUGAAUAAGCAAGUGUCUGAUAACUCCGUCUUCUUCACCCUGGCCGAUGGGACGGGUCACGUCAAGGCGCGCGUCUGGUUCGAGAACGGCAUAGAUGUCAUGUGUUCAGCGAGCAUCAGUGAUGGCGUGUACGUCAAAUUAACCGGUCGCUUGCGUGCCGAGCUCGGCGUGCCCGUAGUUGCAGCCUAUUCAUUGAGUGUGGUAACAAAUUUCAACGAUAUCACUCAUCAUUUCCUGGACUGCAUCUAUGUUCAUCUGAUGAUGCAAAGCGACCAUGCUAAACGCGUCGUGCACUCUCUUGCUCUCGUCCCAUUUGCCCCAUCCGCACCGCUGGCUAGCACUGCACGCCGUGUCCCAGAGGUUGAUUAA